CGCAAGUUUCAGUUCUUCAGUCAGCUCACUUUUUGAUUAAAAAAAUACUAAUCCUCGGAGCAACGUCGAUGUGAUUCAUAAAAUAACUCAGCCAGCAAUCGAAGAGUUACGAAUUACAACGAUUCAAUUUAAAUAAGAACGGACAAUGAUCGGAGUUUCUAAGAACAUGCUUGCAAUUCUGUCACUUCUUGUACUCUGCAACCCUGUUGUGGGUGGUCAAGACCAACGACAUUCUACUCAAAGACGACGCAUUGCCGUUGCUGAGAGACCAUCCUCUGCUCCGACCACGUUGGGAGAAGGCGAUGAUACAGAAAGUGGAAAGGGUAUGAAAUCAGAGGGAAAGKGAAUGAGAUCUGCGAAAGGAAAAGGAAUGAAGAGUGAAAAAUAUGCUGAUUACGAUGAAUAUUCGAUGUCGAUGUCGAUGUCGAUGUUGACGGAACUAGGAAAAGGAAUGAAAUCAAGCAAAGUGGAAGUAGGCAAAGGGGGGGAAUCAAGCAAAGGAAUGAAGAGGGAUAAAUCUGUCAAGAGUUCUAAAAAGCUUAAGAAGGAGAAGAAUGGCGACCUUGGUAAGUCUCAACAAUUAUGCGUCCAAUUGCAGCCGUAGUUAUCUGAGCAAUCCUCUCACAACAAAACUUAUUUCCUUCUUUACCAUGACAGGAAUGCCUAGUCCAUUGAUACCUCUAGCUCCAUCGACAGCUCCUCCAACUUCAGCUGACUCUAUUUCGCAGAAGUCAAAGCCAUUUGAAAUCCACUAUUCUCCUUCAACUGAUGUCCCAACAACUAGGGACUUUCAGGAAUUGACAAUGGUUACUCAAACAUACCUUGAAGUAUACAUGACGAACUUUUUUGAGGAAACUUCUCUCACGACCUUAGAUAAUUUCUUGACUAUCAUGGUGAAAAACGCAUUUGAUGAGAAAAGUCCAGCCGUUCUUGCAGAAUACGAAUCCAACGGUUUGUUCAGUCCAGAAUCUAUUUUCAUUCCUACCAGAAAAGAAAUCGACAAUUUGGUCGAAGAAUCAAUCAUGCAAAAAGAUUACUUGAAAAUGGUGCAAGCGCUUCCCAAAUCUAACCCUUUUAGCCGCACGAAAGCAAUCGCUAUUAACAUCUUAGGACAUGCCAGCGCUGAUGAUACCACAACUAACGAGGAUACUAGUAAUGGUGGCAGCGGUAAAAGCGAAGGGUCGUCAUCUUCGGUGAAAGCUGGCGUUGCAGCUGCAGCAGCCGGUGUUGUUGUACUCGCUGCUAGCUUAGCUAUGCUUCGUCGUAGCCGAUCCUCUGAUGAGGAGGAAGACUGCAAUGAGGAAGUGCAAGACUUCACUUCUCACAAAGUGUCUUAUGAAGACGCAACGAUUGCGGAGUCGGUAGAUGAAUCGUCGAACCACUUCGCACAUUUCAAUCGAAACGGACCAGAKGGAGCCGAAUUUGAGGAUGAGCCUCUCGACGAUGACGAUGAACGCCAAAGAAUUACGCCCGUUGCGUCGUGUCAUUCAUAGCAGAUAUAUCUUGUACCUGCUAGAAUCAAAAUGCAUUUGUGCCUACUUGUCCCCAAAAUUAACUCCCAAUAUAUCGAUGUAAAUAAUGGCUAGCUUGACGUUACUCAUUAAUAAACGUAAUGUUUGUCC